AUGGCACGCACGCAGGACGACGACUCCCCGCAGGUGCUACGGGUGGACGACCAGACGAUGCUCCGCGACGUCUACCGCCUCCUCCUCGACGGCACGCGCAGCACGGCGGAGUUGCUGGAGCAGCUGGGCGGCGCCGCCUCCCCUUCCCCGGGGAGGCCACAGGGGGCUGCCGGCAAGCAUGUGAAAAUAUCCGAGGAGGUCACCGUGUUUCACGACGCCGCCGUGGAGGAGCUGAAGCUUCCGCCGGCGCUGACGCUCUUGUACGACGCGGCCGUGGCGGAGGCCCCGGUGAGGCCGGUGGCCGGCCUCCUGCGCCUGCUGGAGCUCGCCGGAGAGCCAGGCACGUCUCCCGCGCGCGGCAACCUGCUGUACGAGGCGGGGCUGCGGCACCGGCAGAGCAGCCUGCGGUGGCGGGAGGAGCAGCGGCGGCGGCUGGAGGAGGCGGAGAUGCGGGAGUGCACCUUCAAACCAGCAAUCUCGGACUCCGCGAAGGGGAUUACCCCCAAGGGCCUGGCGACUUUCAUGGAAAAGUGCCUGGAGUGGAAAAAGACGGCGGCGAUACGGCUGGGGAAGAAGGCGGCGCAGGACCGCAUUAACCGCGGGGAGGACGAGUGGUUCACGCCGUGGAAAAUGGAGGAGCGCAGCCAAAAAUUGAUCGCGGAGCUCAAAAAGAAGGGCAAGCGGCGGCGCAAGUUGUGGGAGCCCAAAAGUCCAAACAGUGCCGCUGCCGCUCGUACCGGGGCUCGCGCCUCGCCGGGUGCCACUCAGCCUCCCGAGUCGGAUGCGUUGGAGACGCCUUCUUUUCACCCGGUGACACGCGCGUCCGCCGACGAGAAACGCGGCUGGCUGCAACACGCUGGCGCGGGUGACACGUCAAGGCGGAGUGAGAGGAGUGGGCGGGGCGAGCGCAGCCUGCUGAGGGCGUACCUGCAGCGCGUGGAGGCAGACAAGGCGCGUCGCGAGCAGAGGCUUGAGCAGCUGCGCGCCGACUGCGCCAGGAAGGCGCGGGAGCAGAUGUACGAGGCGAAGACGGGCCAGCCCCUCUUUGAGCCAAAUGCGCUACCAACCGUGCGGAAGCAUGGCGUCCGCGUCGGCUUCAAGGAACUCGACGGGGAAGAGCGACAGGAGCUGCUGAAAAAAAUGCGGCUCCGGCACCAGGAAUACGUGCUGGCGCGGCAUUUCCGUGAGGAGCGUGAGAGACGGGAGGGGAAGCCGCAGCACCCGCGCGGGCCUGACGAGGUGGUGGCCGACCUGCUGGACCAGGCGAAGCGGCGGUAUCGACAUGCCGAGGACGCAGUCGGCGUCCCGGCGGGGACGUUUCACCCACAAAUCAGCGCACGCACGAGAAGGAUAAUUGCUCGAAAGUUGUGGCAACCUAUACAUGAACGACCUUUGCCGAGACGACCAUCUCAGUCGUCGGAGGCUCCUUCCUCCUGUUCACCAAAGUCCUCUGACACGUGCUUCGAGCGCGUGUUGGCCCGCUCAGAGAACUGGGUGGAGCAGCGCAAUCAGCGUGUGCAGGGCGCGCGGCUGGCUUUGGAGAAGGCGGCGGCGGCCGAGUGUAGCUUUCACCCAAACCUGGAGAGCAGCUUCGAUGCGUCGUCGAUCGGCGGCAACUCCGCGCAGUCGCGGGUCGUGGACCACGACGCCCUGGUGGCCAACGCCGAGGCAAGGAUAUGCACGGAGUUGGGGCUGCUGCGGUCGCAGGCGGCGCUGCGCGACGCGGCGUUCAUGCGUGGCGUCCGCGAGCCCCUUUCGGCGGUCACGCUGGCGAGUGCCCCGAGGCCUUCCCGGAGCGGCGUGGAACGGUACGCGCGGAGCGUGUCGGCGCCCGGGUUGCCGGAGUACGCCUGCGGCGGCUCGGAGCGGCGUUGCGGCGGCGCCGUGUGCGACCGCCACGGCGAGGACGAGGACGAGGAGCUCUACGCCGGCCAGGAGGAGGUGCAGGAGCUCGCCGACGCGUGGGCCCUGCUGGACGCGCAGACGGACGCCAUCCUGAGGAGCUGCACGUACUACUGA